AUGCGUCAGCAGCAGCGGCAGCGCUCGCCCCAGGAGGAGGCUGACGACUUCAGGCUGGCUAAGCGUCUGCAGGAGGAGGAGGACAGGCGUGCGGCAGCGGCCGUGGACGCCGAGUCGCGCCUGCAGCGCCGCUUCCGUGAGCUGGAGGCGGCCGAGGCGGCGGCCGAGGCGGAGGAGGCAGCCGCCGCGUCGGAGCGUGGCUGGAGCGGCCGCGGCUUCUUCAGCGGCUUGUUUGGCGGCCUCGGCGGCGGGGCUGCCGCUCAGCGCCAGCGCAGCAGCAGCGCAGCGGCGGCAGCCGCCAGUGCAGGAGGCCAGGCCCCGCCCCGUGCGGCCAGCCAGGGCCAGCGCAGCCAGCGCGGCCGGCGCGGCCCCGCAGCGGAGGCCGAGUUUGCCAGCGCCAUGGGCCACCUCAUGCCGCCGCCCUACCACGCGGGCGGGCAUGGCGGGCGCAGCGCCGGCUACAUGGGCGACCUGCACUCCCACCUGAUGGUGGGCCUGUCUCGCGGCCUGCCGGCAGACCUGCUGCUCAGCGGCCGCGACUUCACCGAGGCAGACUACGAGCAGCUGCUGGCGCUGGAUCAGGGCAACAAGAAGAAGGUGGCGCCGCGCGACCGCGUGAGCCAGCUGGACACGGUGCGCGUGCCUCUGGCGGGGCGCGGGGCGGAGGCAGCCUGCGCCGGCAGCCCCGAGCUGGACGCGUGCUCCAUCUGCCUGGAGGAGGCGCGGCCGGGCGACGAGUUCAAGGUGCUGCCCUGCCGCCACGCCUUCCACUGCCGCUGCAUCGACCGCUGGCUGCUCUCCGAACGCAACUCGUGCCCCGUGUGCCAGCGCGAGGCGGUGUGA